CAAAACAAUGCUUCACGUCACAUCUGCCUUCAGCAUUUGUUAAGCAAAUGCCUCCACGCACGCACACACACACACUCACACACACGCACGCACAGACGCACAACCGCGGCCUGAGAGGCUGACUUCCUUGAAUGUCAAGACAGAGGUGGGCUUGCAGUCUCCUGCUUCCUGAUGAGGCGCACUCACAGGCGGAGAUAACUUGAAACAUUUCAGUUUGUUAGUGGCAGACGCAGUGUUUGACGCAGCGACACACGCACUCGUUCCUGCCGGUGGACUUCCGCUGUGUUUGUUGGCGAGCGCGAGAAAUCUGCGCCGGUCAUUCGCCCUUCUGCUUGGAGUCGUUUCCGUGGAGAAAGAGCCUAGACGACCUACAAAUGCCCUGGCGGCGCGAAUGGCCGAAACCGAGCGAAAUGGAAUGAAAGACAAUCCAUCAAGUGUCACGUCCGUCAGGACUACAGAUCGAACACAGACCUGUGUGUGGUUUGCGUGUGAUUACUUGUGUGUGUAUGCGUGAGAGUGUGUGUGUAUGCGUGAGACUGAGUACGUGUGUGUGCACGAUGAGUGCUGCUGUGGUCCUGGAGGAGAUGCUGAUCAAGCGCUCGCAGCAGAAGAAGCGCACGUCACCGCUCAACUAUAAAGAGCGCCUGUUCGUCCUGACCAAGACCAGGCUCACCUACUACGAGGGCCGAGCCGAGAAGAGAUUUAAGAAGGGCUGUGUGGACAUACAGAAAAUCAGGUGUGUGGAGAUCGUGAAGAAUGGAGGAGUCGCCAUCCCCUGCCAAAACAAAUACGCAUUCCAGAUUGUUUACGAGUCCAACACUCUCUAUAUAUUUGCCCCAACCAAUGAGAGUCGAAACAUAUGGGUGCAGAACAUAAAAGAAGAGAUCAAGCACAAUUCUCUUAUUGUGCCAAAGUUCCACCCUCACUUCUGGUUGGAAGGCAUGUGGCUUUGUUGUCGGCAGGCUGAGAAACUGGCCCCAGGCUGUGAGGAAUAUAACCUACAAAGAGACAUCUCAAGGAAACCACUGCCCCCUAUUCCUGGUGAAGAGUCCUCCAAUGAGGUCCGUCGUCCACCCCCUCCACCUCCGCCUGAGGACGAAGAGCAGGAGGAGGAGUCCAAAGAGGAAGUGGUCAUCGCCAUGUACGACUUCACGGGCCCAGAGAGCCACGACCUCCCACUUAUUCGUGGUGAGGAGUACACCAUCUUGGAGAAGUGUGAUGUCAACUGGUAUAGGGCGCGUAACAAAUAUGGAGAAGAAGGAUACAUCCCUAGUAACUAUGUGACAGAGAAGACGUCAGACAACCUUGACCGGUUUCUAUGGUUCUGCAAGAAUAUAAACCGUGCCAAGGCUGAGGAGCAGCUCAAAAAUGAGGAUAAGGAGGGAGGCUUCAUGGUCAGAGACUCUAGUAGUCCAGGAGCAUACACUGUGUCUUUAUAUACAAGGUCAUCAGGGGAUGGCCUGGCUGUUGUGAGGCAUUACUACAUCAAGGAGACACCAGGCACACCUACGCAGUUCUACCUGGCUGAGAGGCACCUGUUUGACACCAUCCCUGAACUCAUUGAGUAUCAUAAACACAAUGCUGCAGGACUGGUUGCCAGGUUACGUUAUCCUGUUGGAAAUCAAGGAAGAGACGCUCCAACCACAGCAGGAUUCAGCUACGAUAAGUGGGAGAUUAACCCGGCGGAGCUGACCUUCAUGAAGGAGCUGGGCAGUGGGCAGUACGGAGUGGUGCGACUGGGCAAGUGGAGAGCGCAGCACAAAGUGGCCAUCAAGGCCAUCAGGGAGGGAGCCAUGUCUGAGGACGACUUCAUCGAGGAGGCCAAGGUCAUGAUGAGACUCUCCCAUCCCAAGCUGGUCCAGCUGUAUGGAGUAUGUACACAGCAGAGGCCCAUCUACAUUGUAACAGAGUUCAUGGAGCUAGGCUGCCUACUCAACUUUCUCAGGCAGCGGCGAGGCAGCUUCAGCUUCGAGGACCUCCUCAGUAUCAGUCUAGAUGUGGCGCAAGGCAUGGCCCACCUAGAGGCCAACGGAUUCAUCCACAGAGACCUAGCGGCCAGAAACUGUUUAGUGAAUGAGUCGUUCGUAGUGAAGGUGUCCGAUUUUGGUAUGGCAAGAUACGUUCUUGAUGAUCAGUACACCAGCUCCAUGGGUUCUAAGUUCCCUGUCAAGUGGUCUCCCCCAGAGGUUUUCAACUUCUGCAAGUACAGCAGCAAGUCUGAUGUCUGGUCCUACGGUGUGUUGAUGUGGGAGGUGUUCACAGAGGGGAAGAUGCCCUUUGAGCAAAAUCAGAACCACGAGGUCGUUCUCAUGGUGACCAAAGGUCAUCGCCUAUACCGACCCAAGAUGGCCACACCCCCCAUUUAUGAGGUCAUGGAGCAGUGUUGGAAGGAGCAACCAGAGGAACGUCCACCCUUCUCAGAUAUCUGCGUAUUGAUCACUGAGGCGCUGGAGACCGACGCCCCAUCAACCUGAUCACCCAAUGGCUACCCGGGGAACUCCACAUGAAGCGGGUCCCACCUCUCUCACAGCACACUGAUUGGACAGCAUCAAAGGAUUCUUGUCUGACCAAUGAGAGUCUCGAGAAGUCCUACCGGACUGAAAACAGCUUUCUUCUGAGUGUGACACUGGACAGAGAAACUGA